AUGGACGGGAUAACGACCUACAAUAAUUUCUUAGCAUUACAUAAACCGCAGUUAGUUCUAUCUGGUGUACCUGAACAUUUCUGGCCAUCAGUAUGCAAGAAAAUAACUGACCAAAUUUUUGAUGCCGGUUUAACAUUCCAACUGGUUCAAAUAGAUUAUGAAGAUACGGAAAAAAUGCCCUACGAUCCCUUAUGGAGUGUGAUUGCAAUCAGGGAUAUCGAGUGCUCAGACGCUAGUCAUGUUUACUUGAUUGACCAUGCGUGGACUUUUAAGGCAAAUAGUAUUAAAAGUAGUCUAAGAAAUGUGCCGGGGCUUUUGGAAAGAAUGUGUAACUUGAUGCAAGUAUCUUCAGAAACUACAGAGGAACAAAUAGAAGAAGUAUCAAAAGCUGUGUGGAAGUAUGCACACACUUAUGCAAUUGGUGGUGAUGAUUUUUCUAUUGAAGAACGAGUUCCAGUGUGGUACGUCUUAGACGAAUUGGGUUCUGGCAUUACUCAUUCAGACACGCCCAAUUUCCGAGCAGUGCCUUUCAUAUAUGUGCCUGAACAAUUAACUUACACUCUACUGUUUCCAGUAAAAGAUGUUGAAGAAGGUGACAUGGUCACCAGAAAUUUUGUAGAGGGUCAGUUCCCUGAUCCCUUGCAGAGAGAAGCAAUGCUCAUCCCAUGGAAGCACUAUGAACAUUUUGGGGAAGAUUUUGUUCAGGUGGAGCCAAGCUCCAAAUAUUUUCUAGAGGGUCACAUAGUGGAAACUCUCCCAGAACUGGAUUUGUUAAAAGUAAGAGAGUUUAAUAAUUCUACUAAACUAAAAGUGUACUCAGAGUACAGAUAUAUUAAUGAACAUCUUACAGCUCCAGAGUUUGAAAUAGUUGACAAUGAAAAUGAUGCUGAUGUACUAUGGUACAUUAACCAUUUUAAAGAAUUUCAAGAUUUAAGUGUUCAAACGCCACAGAAAUUUGUUAAUCAAUUUCCAUUUGAAUAUGUGAUGACAAUAAAAGAUUUGCUAGCGGUAAUUGCUAGACGUUCUUCAGAAAAGUACUGUGAUGAAAGUAACUCCCUUGUCACAAACCCAGUUUGGUUGCCUACAACCUUUAAUAUGAAAACUGAGCUACCUAAGUUUGUUGCAUAUUACAUGCAGAGGAAGAAAGCUGGAUUAGAUAACCACUGGAUAUGUAAACCAUACAACCUUGCAAGGGGAUUGGACACCUAUAUCAGUGACAAUUUAGAUUUUCUAUGCCGAUUACCUCUGACUGGCCCUAAAAUAGCCCAGAAGUAUAUUGACAAGCCAGUUCUCUUUGAAAGACCAGAUGUUGGCCUGGUAAAGUUUGACAUUCGCUAUGUGAUACUGUUAACAUCUGUUCGACCAACAGAGGUUUAUGUUUACAAUAAUUUCUUCCUUAGGUUUGCUAAUAAACCCUUCUCUUUAGACAGCUUUGAAGACUAUGAAAAACACUUUACAGUUAUGAAUUACAGUGGUACUGCACAACUUUUUAAGAUGUUAUGUGCAGAUUUCAAAGCUGAGUGGUCUAGGCAGUUUGCCAACUAUGAUUGGGCAGAUGUUGAAAAAUCAAUAUUCAAGAUGUUGUCAGAGUUAUUUGAUGCAGCUACACUAAAGGGGCCUCCUUGUGGAAUAGGAAAGAGCCCACAAUCUAAAGCAUUGUAUGCUGCCGAUAUUAUGCUGAGUUGGCGUGAAGUGGGAAAUGAAAAGGUCAUUCAACCCAUUCUCUUGGAGAUGAAUUGGAUGCCAGACUGUCGUCGCGCAUGCGAAUAUUAUCCCGACUUCUACAACGAUAUCUUUUCUGUAAUGUUUUUGAAUAAGGAAGUGGAGACAUGUUCAAAAGUUAUGUAA